ACACACGUCACACACGUCGCACACGUCGCACGCCGAUCGAGCCCUGCGGCACUUUCUCCGUCCCGUGUGACACACGCGCAGACACACACCGCACCUGUGCUGCGUCAGCCUCUGGGACAGCGCGAGCGCGUCAGAGGAUGAGCGUCAGGGAGGAGUGCGCGUUCAACUCGGCGAGCGGCUGCAGCGCGCGUCGCGAUGCCGAGGACCCCGGACACGCUCGAAAGGCGGUCGCCGGCGCCGGAGUUGGGUUCGAAUCGCCCACCCCCUGGGAGGCGGGGCCCCUCGGCGAGGACGAGGAGCAGUGGCGGCGCGAGCGCGGGGCCCUGCGGCAGCGUGUCAACGCGCGUGAGCGCAGGCGCAUGCACGACCUGGGCGAUGCGCUGGACGGUCUGAGAGCGGUCAUCCCGUACGGUCCCGAGCCCUCGGCCCGCAAACUCUCCAAGAUGGCCACCGUGCUGCUGGCUAGGAACUACAUCCUGCUGCAGGGUCGCGCCUUGUGGGAGCUGCAGCGCCUCGUGGCGCACCUGAGUCCGGGGCUCGGGACGAGGCCCUCUGCGCCGCACCUGGUGGGGGGCGCCGCAGAGCGCUCAGAGCCAGGUGCGGGGCCCUCGCCCCACUGGGGAAACGCACUGACCGCACCGGGUCACGGGUUCGCAUCCCGCCGGAGCCACCGCACCGGAUUCUGUUUCAUGUCCCAGUGAAGAUCUUACCCGGAUUUGUACCUUCUGUUGCACUUUACUGUGCCAGAAUGUGUGGACCGGUAGGAGGUUAACUGUACGGUGUCAGUUUUCCAGUUCAUUCCCCUCUUGCUGAUCAUCCUGUUGCCCUGGCAACACUGAACACAUUACUCUUACUGUAUUUACCACAUUGUGAGCUCUGUGUUUUCAUCAUGUCGAUGCCUGAAAUAAAUCCAGCACA